AUAUAUAUGGGCUAUAUAUAGCUCCUCAACUCUUCUUCCCAUCACAAAACCAAUCUUACAAAACCAAUCUCUCUUUUUAGCAUCUUUGUAGCUCACUCACACAAGAAGCCAAUGGCCAAGGACAUUGAGGUCGGCGAGUUCGCCGCCAAGGACUACCAAGACCCACCUCCCGCACCCUUCAUUGACCCGGACGAGCUCACCAAGUGGUCAUUCUACAGAGCCAUCAUCGCCGAGUUCAUUGCCACCCUCUUGUUCCUCUACAUCACUGUCCUCACUGUCAUUGGCUACAAGAGCCAGACUGAUCCAACCAAGAACGCCGACGGAUGUGGUGGCGUCGGCAUUCUCGGCAUCGCUUGGGCAUUUGGCGGCAUGAUCUUCGUCCUCGUCUACUGCACCGCCGGUAUUUCUGGAGGGCACAUCAAUCCGGCAGUUACCUUUGGGUUGUUUCUGGCUCGGAAGGUGUCUCUGGUCCGAGCUGUGAUGUACAUGGUGGCUCAGUGUCUAGGGGCCAUAUGUGGUUGUGCGUUGGUGAAGGCAUUCCAGAAACCUUACUACGUCAAGUAUGGUGGAGGUGCCAACGGGCUCUCUGAUGGGUACAGCACAGGCACAGGGUUGGCAGCUGAAAUCAUAGGCACUUUCGUUCUCGUUUACACCGUCUUCUCGGCCACCGAUCCCAAAAGAAGCGCCCGGGAUUCCCAUGUUCCUGUUCUGGCACCACUUCCAAUUGGAUUCGCCGUGUUCAUGGUUCAUUUGGCCACAAUCCCAAUCACUGGCACCGGUAUUAACCCAGCUCGAAGCUUUGGAGCAGCUGUAAUCUAUGGCGAGGACAAAGCAUGGGAUGAUCAAUGGAUCUUCUGGGUUGGACCAUUCAUCGGUGCUGCCAUUGCCGCGUUCUACCACCAGUUCAUUUUGAGAGCAGCGGCACUUAAAGCUCUGGGAUCCUUCAGGAGCAAUGCAUAAUAUGCAUUGGCUGCAGGACAGUUCGAGCAAUGCAAAUCUCUAUGGUCAGAGAGGACUUGAGAAAGUUGUAAAUAAGUAUUAGCAAGGAAAGGGUGCCAAUUUUCUUAGCAUUCUGGUCUCGGCUCUCGUUUUUAGUGUGCCAAAAUGUUGUCAUAUGCUCUGUUUUUAUUUCCCUUUUUUUUUUUUUUUUUUUUUUUUUUGUUUUUUUUGGUGUUUCUCUUCCUAUGUUGUUAUGGCUCAUGUUUAAGCAUUUAUAUAAUAAAUUAAGCUUUUAUUUUA